AUGACAAGUAUAGCCAAAGAGCUAUUAGAAAAGUCUUCCAAGACUAUCCCGAUAAUACGAAGCGCGAGAGCGAAGAAGAAUCUCUACGAGUUACUAAACGUGUACCCUAACUAUGGCGUUGGGUUGCAGGUGGUGCCCGACAAAUGGGUUAAAAAGGGUUUCGAAGACUGUUACUUCAAAGUUACAAGAGUUCGGUUGAAACCAUUGAACAUUAAGCACGGGCGAGCAUUUGGAGUUCAGUAUUGGAAUGAUUUUCCAUUGAGUUAUAUUUCUUUAAAAGAAGUCGUGAUCAGAGGAGGUCUCAAAUGGAAUUGGAUGAUAUGGCCAUCUGGAGAAAAUAAGGAAGGACGGUGGGCAUGA